ACGUGACCGCCCGGCUGGCGCGCGCCCGGCCGUUCGCUCCCUAGCCGCGUUCACGGUCGCUUCCCUCUUCUGUUGCGGUCUCCCUGCCUCCGCACCGGAGCGACCGGGGCUGGAGCCAAGCCCGAGCCGAGCUGCAGCCGGAACCGGAGCCGGACCCGCAGAGACGUGGAAACAUGGAGGCCUGAGUCGGCGUGCGCCACCCCGGUCUGCGGCGGCGACCGCGGCUUCUACCUAUCCCCUCUGCCACCCGCCCGUCCGCCCGUCCGUCAGUCCGUCCGUCCGUGGAGCGGGAAGCAGAUCUCCCCGCCGGCUGAGACAGGUUGUCUUGUGGAAAUGCAGGUUUAAGGACAAGUUAUCUACCAAAUUUGAAGAUGGGAUCAAAUAGCAGCAGAAUCGGUGAUCUUCCUAAAAAUGAAUACUUAAAGAAGUUAUCAGGAACAGAACGUGUCUCUGAGAAUGACCCGUUCUGGAAUCAGCUUCUCUCGUUUUCUUUCCCUGCACCAACGAGCAGUACCGAGUUGAAACUCUUGGAGGAGGCAACCAUUUCAGUCUGCAGGUCUUUAGUUGAAAACAAUCCUCGAACAGGAAAUCUUGGUGCACUAAUUAAGGUCUUCCUUUCUAGAACCAAAGAACUAAAACUUUCAGCAGAAUGUCAGAACCACAUCUUCAUUUGGCAGACACACAAUGCUUUAUUUAUUAUUUGCUGUUUGCUGAAGGUGUUCAUCAGUGAGAUGUCAGAGGAAGAAUUACAACUUCAUUUUAUAUAUGAAGAAAAAUCUCCUGGCAGUUACAGUGCUGACUCAGAAGAUCUUUUGGAAGAAUUGCUCUGCUGUUUGAUGCAGUUAAUCACUGAUAUUCCACUCUUAGAUAUUACAUAUGAAAUAUCAGUAGAAGCGAUAUCAACAAUGGUGGUUUUCCUUUCCUGCCAACUCUUCCACAAGGAAGUUUUGCGACAGAGCAUCAGCCACAAAUAUUUGAUGCAAGGUCCAUGUCUUCCAUACACCAGCAAACUUGUGAAAACCUUACUGUAUAACUUUAUCAGACAAGAAAAGCCGCCUCCUCCGGGGGCCCAUGUUUUUUCUCAGCAGUCGGAUGGGGGAGGACUACUUUAUGGACUUGCAUCAGGAGUAGCAACUGGGCUCUGGACUGUCUUCACGCUGGGCGGCGUGGGCAGCAAAGCAGCCACCCGCCCAGAGCUCUCCUCCCCUCUGGCCAACCAGAGUCUCCUGCUUCUGCUGGUGCUGGCCAACCUAACAGACGCUCCCGACGCUCCAAACCCCUACAGGCAGGCCAUCAUGUCCUUUAAGAACACACAAGAUAGCAGUCCUUUUCCGUCAUCAAUUCCACACGCCUUCCAGAUCAACUUUAAUAGUUUGUACACAGCUCUGUGUGAACAACAGACCUCUGAUCAAGCAACUCUCCUCUUGUAUACAUUGCUCCAUCAGAACAGUAAUAUUAGAACAUACAUGUUGGCUCGCACAGAUAUGGAAAAUCUUGUUUUACCAAUUCUUGAGAUUCUGUAUCAUGUUGAAGAAAGAAAUUCACACCAUGUGUAUAUGGCCCUUAUAAUACUGUUGAUCCUUACAGAGGAUGAUGGCUUCAAUAGAUCCAUUCAUGAAGUGAUAUUAAAAAAUAUUACUUGGUAUUCAGAACGAGUUUUAACUGAAAUUUCCCUGGGGAGUCUCCUGAUACUGGUCGUAAUCAGAACUAUUCAGUACAACAUGACAAGGACGAGAGACAAGUAUCUUCACACCAACUGUUUGGCAGCGUUGGCAAACAUGUCGGCACAGUUCCGCUCGCUCCAUCAGUAUGCUGCCCAGAGGAUCAUCAGUUUGUUUUCUUUGCUGUCUAAAAAACACAACAAAGUUCUGGAACAAGCCACACAGUCCUUGAGAGGUUCGCUGAGUUCUAAUGAUGUUCCUCUACCAGAUUAUGCACAAGACCUAAAUGUCAUCGAAGAAGUGAUUCGAAUGAUGUUAGAGAUCAUCAAUUCCUGCCUGACAAAUUCCCUUCACCACAACCCGAACUUGGUGUACGCACUGCUUUACAAACGAGAUCUCUUUGAACAAUUUCGAACUCAUCCUUCGUUUCAGGAUAUAAUGCAAAAUAUUGAUCUGGUGAUCACCUUCUUUAGCUCAAGGUUGCUACAAGCUGGAGCUGAGCUGUCAGUGGAACGAGUCCUGGAAAUCAUUAAGCAAGGUGUUGUCGCGCUGCCCAAAGACAGACUAAAGAAAUUUCCAGAAUUGAAAUUCAAAUACGUGGAAGAGGAGCAGCCUGAGGAGUUUUUUAUCCCCUACGUCUGGUCCCUCGUCUACAACUCGGCAGUGGGCCUGUACUGGAACCCGCAGGACAUCCAGCUGUUCACGAUGGACGCUGACUGAGGGCGGUGCGCCCUCCCCCGGCCCCUCCGGCCACGCGGCCCCUCCGGCCACUGUAUUUCUGGGCAUCAGAAGUAGACAGACGAUUGCCUGGUGUGUCUUCUACUAAAGGGGAUUGCACUAGCGUGUUUCCCUCACACGCUGUGGAGAAUCGGUGCCAGUUGGCAAUAGAUCACUCGGCUUAGAUUGUAGCGCAAAAAUGGGGGGAAAUACACAACAAUAAACGUAAAAACCUGCUAUUCAA